UUGGAAGCGUUGAUUCAGAUUCAUUCGAUGCAUUUCUCUUUCAAGCAAACUUCAAGAAGGAAUUGAAGAAAGGGACACUCAACCAGAUAACUCACCUCUCUCACCCUCUCGCUGUCAAUUCAAGAGUUUUAGCCCUUGGUUUCUACCCUGGAUAGUCGAUACGUAGUCCGAGUCUCGAUCUGGGCUUUCGAUUUGCCAAUUAGGUCAUUCGAUUUGGAUCCGGCCCUUCUUGUUCCAUCAGAAUCUUGAGCCGCGAUCUGUUUUGUAAUUCAUACUGGCUCUAUUUCCAUUGACUUUAAGGUAAGGAAGAAGAAUCAAGAUUCUUUGGUUGUUUUCUUAAAGGAGGAGAGAUCGAGUUGCGUAUUUGUGGUAUGAGAUUUUAAAGAGACGAUUUGAUGGAGGCAGAAACAGAAGUGAGUAUCAAAUUCAGACUCACCGAUGGCACUGAUAUUGGACCAAUCAAUUAUAUGCCCAGUAGCACUGUGCUAUCUGUCAAAGAGAAAAUAAUUGCACACUGGCCCAAAGAGAAACAAAAUGGGCCCAAGACAAUAAAGGAUGUGAGGCUCAUUGGUAAUGGAAAGAUACUUGAGAACAACAAAACAGUUUCUGAAUCAACACCUCCUGUCCCAGAAGUUGCAGCAAGUGGCAUCACUAUGCAUCUUCUUGUGACCCCUAAGGCUGACAAAAACAAAGAUAAACAGAAUGAAGAUGAUACCCCAAUAAAGAGCGGCCGGUGUUCAUGCUCAAUCUUGUAACUCAUCUAAUGCACAAACACUAAUCCAGCUCAUAUCUAAUCCUUGUCUUAUGGAUUGGUUAAAGUUGUUCCUUGUAAAUUGAAAAUUCCGGGUAGAAGCUAGCAGAAGUUAAGGAAGGCGGUAUGGCCGAUUUUGCUUGCUUCAGAAGUUUGAAAACCAACUUUUUGUGUUGGUACCCAUAAUGUGGGAAGGGAAACCCAUUGCCGUUGAGAAGAUCAUGUAUUGGCUUUAUCUUUUACCCGUUUUGGUUUGUUUUGUUUGGAAUUCAUUGUUACCAGACUUGUUGAAACAAAGUGUGUCUAUACAAUUGAUGCUCAUGUUUACACUAUGAUGAUCAUGUUUCCUUUACCAAUUGAUGCUACUAUACUCUUAUUUAAGUCAUCUUGCUCAGCUGUAUGCUACUUUAUUACUUAAUCAUUCCUUUUUGCCUUUUGAACAUUGAUUAUGACUUAUGAGAGUGUCUA